AUGCGGGGAGUACAGAUCUUCUCGGGGACAUCCCACCCCCUCCUGGCUGAAACCAUCUGUGAACGCCUGGGGACCCAGCCGGCUCGUGCCGAUCUUGGGAAGUUCAGCAAUGGCGAGACCAGUGUAAACAUUGGGGUUUCGGUGCGUAACCAAGAUGUUUACAUCGUCCAGAGCGGCAGCAGCAAGAUCAAUGACAGUGUCAUGGAACUCUUGAUCAUGAUCUCCGCCUGCAAGGGCGGGUCCGCAAAAUCUAUCACAGCGGUCAUGCCGUACUUCCCGUACUCCCGCCAGUCUAAGAAGAAGAGCCACCGUGGUGCCAUCACUGCCCGCAUGUUGGCCAACCUUCUCUCGAUCGCUGGGGUGGACCAUGUGAUAACUUUGGAUCUGCAUGCAUCCCAAAUGCAGGGCUUCUUCGGAAAACCCGUGGAUAACCUGUUCGCCGAGCCCUUCAUCGCCCGCUGGAUUCGUAUGAACGUGCCGGGUUGGCGCGAGGCUGUUGUGGUCAGCAAGAAUGCAGGAGGCACCAAACGUGUCACUUCGCUAGCAGACACACUUAAACUCAACUUUGGCAUCGUCACGACUGAUAGGAGACGUCCGAAAGUACCCCUGGGUAUGACGGACAGUACUGUCUUUUUCGAUUCUAUCGAAGAAGAGAGCACCCCCGUCGCCAAGGAUAAGGACCAAGACCCUUUCACUCUCCACCUACAAAGUGGAACUAGUGAGUGCAGUCAAUCCGGAGAUUCCAGGGGUGAGCCGAACACCAACAUGGAGUCUCUUGUAGCGGCAAAUUACUUGCGUCCUGAAACUCCAUCAGGCGCUCGUCGUCCUUCGGAAUUGGAGGCUGCACAUGAGUAUACUGAUGUGCGAGUGCGUGAGGUCAUCACUGGGCGGCUCGUGCAAGGUCACCUUGUGGACGACGACUACCCGUCAACCGGUCCUACUUCGCACCCCGCUUCCGGGGAAACCACUCCGGGUCAGAGUGCCAGCCGUGAUGAGCCCGACACGGUCCCAGAUUCAAUGGUGAACUCUCUCAUAUCCAACACUUCUUCCCUCCCCGGCGACCAUGCUUUAGGUGGCUCAUUCGAUGCUGCCGAAUCUUCAGACGAAGAGGGCAGCAGCGGAAAGCACGUUGAGGAAGAAAAGACCAUCACAUUGGUUGGCGACGUCCGUGAUCGGACUGUGUUCCUUGUCGAUGAUAUGAUUGACAAGAGUAAAUCAUGGACUGCCGCAGCAGAAACUGUAGUGAAGAAGGGCGGUGCCAAGAAGGUAUACUGCAUUGCCACCCACGGCCUUUUCACGGAGGAGUCCCUCGAACAGAUGGAAGCUUGUGAGUCGAUCGACCACAUCGUCGUUACGAAUAGCUUCCCUGUUCCACCGCAGGUGGUGAAGAGGUCAAAGAAGUUGAUUGUCAUUGAUAUUUCGAGUCUUCUGGCCGAAAGCAUCAGGCGCCAUCAUUACGGUGAAAGUGUUUCGGCGUUGUUCCACCUUACUGACUGA